AACUUUUCGCCUGUGAAAAUAACCCCACCCCUUUCGUUUUUAGUAUUUUCCAAUUGCAGUUCGCUUCGCUUCCCUCUCUUCCAGCGUCGCGACAGACGCCAGAGAGGGAAUUAUAGAGAGAGAAACAAUCAAUAUAUAUAUUAUAGAGAGAGAAGGCUUGGGGGAGAUGUGGGUCUUUUCUUCGUUCCGAAGGGUCAAGAAAGCGACACACCAUUUUUGGGUCCUUCCCUAACCUCCUAUCACCUGGUUUUUGUCGCAAUCCCCAUAUUUUACGUUUCCUUUGCCCUUUCACAUACAGAUACAUACACAUACAGGUCCGGCUAUAUAAACUCUCCACACCUUUCCCAAUCAAACCAUUCACCCAAGCUUUCCCAUACACCUUCUCUCUGAAUUCCGAAACCUUUCUUCAAUUCCCUACCUUCUUUGCUCCAAAAUCUUUUCCGGUGUAUUGGGUAUUUCAAGGUCUCUUCUUGGGUCUUGUAUAAUCUACCUAUAUAUAUAUAUAUAUAUAUAUAUAUAUAUAUCGCUUGAUCAUAUGGGUGGUCUUCGAAUUUGUUGUCGGCAACCCAACGCCGUCGAAGCGGAAGAAGCCCUAUUCCAAUCAUCGUUUUUGCAGCCAUUUCCGUUGUCUAACCCUGAUCCAUCAUCAAUUGGGGAGGAGAGUUGGGCGAUAGCUGAAAAGGCAACCCAGGAAGUGCUAUGUGGAAUUCAACCCACUGAGGCCUCGGAGCAGAUGAGGCAGGAGAUCAUUGACUACGUAACGAGACUGAUCAGAGGUCGUCUUGGGUGGAAGGUUUAUCCAUACGGUUCAGUGCCACUGAGGACCUAUCUUCCUGAUGGAGAUAUCGAUUUGACUGCCAUUAGCAGUCCUGAUGUUGAGGAAGCUUUGGCCCGUGAUGUACUUGCUGUUCUGCAGGGAGAAGAGCAGAACGAAAAUGCUGAAUAUGAAGUGAAGGAUACCCAAUUCAUUGAUGCUGAGGUUAAGCUUGUGAAAUGCCUUGUGCAGAACAUUGUAAUAGAUAUCUCUUUCAAUCAGUCAGGAGGACUUCAAACACUAUGUUUUCUUGAACAGGUUGAUGGCCUUGCUAGAAAAAAUCAUCUUUUUAAACGUAGCAUUAUUCUUAUAAAAGCAUGGUGCUAUUACGAAAGCCGAAUACUUGGUGCUCCUCAUGGUUUAAUCUCUACAUAUGCGUUGGAAACAUUGAUCCUAUAUAUCUUUCAUCUGUUUCAUACAUCCCUAAAUGGGCCUCUAGCGGUUCUCUACCGAUUUUUGGACUAUUUUAGCAAAUUUGACUGGGAGAAUUAUUGUGUCAGUUUGAAUGGUCCAGUUUGCAAAUCUUUACUUCCUCAUAUAGUUGUUGAUAUGCCAGAAUAUAGGGACGAUGAUUUAAUGCUUAGUGAAGAAUUUAUUCGGAACUGUGUGGACAUGUUCUCAGUUCCGUCAAGAGGGCUUGAGAUGAACUUGCGAGCAUUUCCUCAAAAGCAUCUUAACAUAAUUGAUCCAUUGAGAGAAAAUAACAACCUUGGUCGAAGUGUCCACAGAGGUAAUUUUUAUCGGAUACGUAGUGCUUUUAAAUUUGGGGCUCGCAAGCUUGGUCAAAUCCUUCUGUUACCAAGAGAAAGUAUCGCAGAUGAGAUUAAGAAGUUCUUUGCAAACACUCUGGCGAGGCAUGGAACCAAAUAUGCGGCUGAUGUACAAAAUCUUGUCUUAACAUCCGGCACAUUGUCCACUUCAUCUGAUUCUGAAACCUCCUUUGAGGAUAAGAUUUGUUUAAAAUCAUCAAAUGUUGAUUUUGAUAAUGAUAUAUCAGGAGUGGACGAUGAACACACUUCUAUAUUCAGAAAUGAGCUAGACAGAUACUCUACAAAAGUUAUUUCUUCACAGGUGGUGUCGGAGACGGGAUGUUUCACAGAUGGGAUUGCUGUUUUAGGAGAUUGUCUAGCUGGGGAUGCUAGUGUGAGAACUGCAACUGACAUAUCUGAUUGUUCACUACGAAGUAGCAACUUUAGUAGUUCUUUUUGUGGGCAAUAUUACUAUGCACCUCCUUGCGGUUUCUCUGGAUCAUCUAUAGGAAAUGGGAAGUUUGAAAAUUGGAACUUUUUCCAAGAAAAUAUAUCAAACUCGGUUGAUGAAGAGAUGGGAUCUGAUUCAUCGCUAGGACACAGAGAAAGUGAUUUGGUGGCUGGCAGUACAGUCUAUGAUAGGGGCUCGGCUGACAUUGACGGAGGCCUAGAAACUUUGAAUCCAUUGUUAGACCUCACUGGAGAUUAUGAUAGUCACAUAAGGAGCCUGCUGUAUGCUCAGUGCUGCAAUGGCUAUGCUUUAUCAGCAACUGUACUGCACAAUCCUCCCACUUCGCCUUCUGAGUUCCGGAGCAAGAAGCCAUGGGAUACCGCCCAUCAAUCCACGUCACUCAAGCAGAAUUCAUUUCCCCAAAUGAACAAAAAUGGGAAGGUCUUGGGGCAGCCACUUUACCCUGCGAACAAUUCCAUGCGAUCCGUUGCUGCUUUUGGUUCUGACGAAAAUAAUAAACCACGAGGAACUGGGACAUUCUUUCCCAAUACGAAAGGUUUGACAUGCAGAGAGAGGCCCUCUCAAGGGAGGAGAAAGAAUCAGACCCCAGAGAAUCAGAGGCAGUUUCAGAGACACACUCGUAGCAAUGGCUUUGCUCCCACUUUGCCCGAGACAAACUCGGCCGAAGAAGGCAUCCGUGGGAGUUCAAACGCAGUGUCCCCAGUUCUAGGCUGUGGAAAUUUUGGAUUAUCUCACCAAUCUCGUCAUCCCAUGUAUUAUAAUUCCCAUGCUAAUGGUGUCUCCAUCCCAUCUCAGAAACUUGAAGUUGGGUCGCGUGGGCAUCUGGCAGAAGGAAGCAGUCAGCUGGCUUUAAGCACUUCCUGUGCUUUGGACCCCAGUCCAAGCCUUGCAGCACUAGGAGUGCAGAGUUCAAAACCAGUGUUGGGUAAUAAUCAAGGAAGGUAAGGGAAUUUUCUAACCACAUAAAUACUUUCAGGGUUGCAGAACAAUCAUAUCACCUUAAGAAUGAAGAUGAUUUCCCCCCUCUAUCCCUCUGAAUGCCAUCAGAAGGGUUGUCAAUUGACAGAGAGCUUGUAGAUGCUAAUAGAACAGUCGAAGCUUUAGCAAGUUUUCUUUUUUCCUUUCUCGAAGUUUUUGGUUGGUGUUGGUAUUAUGUACAAAAGUUACAGAGUCUGUACAUUCUUCUGGCACAGUUUUCCCCUUUCAGUGAAUGAGCAUUUCAUUCUAGGUUAUGUUCUUCA